AGGAGCGGCCGGGCAGCGCGGGGAGCGCGGCUCCUGCCGGGUUUCUACUGGCAGGAGCCACAGGAGGUUUGGCGGUGCCCGGCUCCCUCGCAGGACGAGCCCGGCGCUGCUGCCAUGGAGAGCGCGGUGGAGAUGGGCGCGGAGGCUGCGGGCAGCGGGCACGGAGCCGGGAUGCUGCUCCGCCAGGACCUGCGGAGGAUCCGCUGCGCGCUGCUGCUCUGCCUGCUGGCCGUGCUGCUGCUGAUGCUGCCCACCGCCUACCUGCUGCUCGGGAACCUGCGGGCCAACAGCUCCUGCGGCCAGGUCACAGAGGAGAGGGGCUCUCACUUUCUGAAGCAACGAGCAGUGGCUGCUGUUACAGACACACUUUCCAGUGCAGAGAAACCACGAGCUCACCUGACAGUGAAGAAGCAGGACCUGGCCAGCGCCGCGGGGAGCCACCUGCCCAUCCUGCAGUGGGAAGACAAGCGAGGCCUGGCCUUCACCAAGAACAACCUGAGCUACUCCAGCAACGCCCUGGUGAUUCCUGUGUCCGGGGACUACUACGUGUACGCUCAGGUCACCUUCCGAGGGCCCGUGGAGAGCAGCCACAAGGCCAGCUCUGUCACUGAGGUCAUCACCAAGGUCACUGACAGCUACCCCGAGCCCACCCAGCUGCUGACGGGCACCAAGACCCUCAGUGAGAACGGCAAUGGUUGGUUCCAGCCCAUCUACCUGGGCGCUGUUGUCUCCUUGGAGGUGGGAGACAAGCUGAUGGUCAACGUGAGUGACAUCAAGCUGGUGGAUUACACCAAGGAGCACAAAACUUUCUUUGGGGCCUUUCUGCUGUAGGGCUCUGGCCUGCGGCAGCUGGUGGGGGAUCCCUCCAGGGUCGUCGGGGGGAUCUUGUUGGAUUUUGGCUUUGUGGGCGCGUGUUGGGGUGAGAUGUCUGAUGUUUGCCUCCUCCUCCUCCUUCCUCUUCUUUCUCUGUGCCAUCACUCCCCUGCAGCUCGCUAGAGCCUUAAUUUAAUGGGUAGGGAAAGGUGAAGCUGCAGGCUGGAAUGAAAUAACCCCCCCCCAAAAAAAAAACACAAGAAAAACCAACCAAAAACUAAC